GGCGACAGAUAUAUAAUUUUUUAAAUCAAAGCUUGGACGAAUAACACGUAACAUUAUGGAUUCAACUGAUAAUGCGAAGAAAUGGUUUGGUGCGGUGGAUUUUACAGUUUUUGCAAUUUUUCUUGCUCUAUCCACUUUCAUUGGCGUUUUCUUCGCGUUCAGAGAUAGAAAAAACAACACAACUGCCAACUACUACUUUGCUGGAAGAAAAUCGAAUCCUAUCAUUGUGGGACUGUCGAUGUGUGUCACAUACAUGUCAUCUUUUUCAUUGGUUGGAAUACCGGCGGAGGUGUACCUUGUCGGAACGGCCCAUAUACUUAUUGCCGUUGGAAUUAUCUUUGCCGCAAUGACUGCCAUAGUGUAUCUUAUUCCUAUAUACCACCGGUUGCAGCUACAAUCAAUAUUUGAGUACUUGGAGCUUCGUUUCAACGUGGCCACAAGAAGAGUUUGUUCUAUUAUUGCUUGUAUCACAAUGGUAUUUUAUAUGGGCUUGAAUGUAUACCUUCCAGCUUUAACAGUCAGUGCCGUGGCUCCAAUUUCACUGGUUUGGAGUAUUGUUUUAACCGCAGUAAUAUGUACGUUUUACACUGCACUGGGAGGAAUGAAAGCUGUGAUAUGGACUGAUGUUAUUCAGUCAGUCGUAAUGUUAAUCGGAGCAAUCUCACUGUUUAUUCGUGGACUAAUGGCAGUCGGUGGCUUCGCAGCUUUUAAUUCAGCACUCUCGAGAGGAGAGCGUCACAGUGUAACUAGACCUGACUUCGACAUUACUUCUCGGGCAUCUCCUCUCACUAUAUAUAUCGGUGGUUGGUUAACAUUCACUUAUUUCAUCGGAUUCACCCAACCUAUGGUUCAAAGAUUUCAAUCUUGCAGCUCCGUAGCCCAAGCUCGAUGCUCUAUGUUGGUAUACCUUCCUCCAACAUUGCUUAUGGUAGGUCUAGCUAUUGGAAAUGGUGCAAUCAUGUAUGCUUUCUUCGAAGGAUGCGAUCCCGUCAAAUCUGGACUUCUCACAUCCAUUGAUCAAGGAAUUCCGUAUAUUACCCUGGAAGUAUUACAUGAUCUUCCGGGAUUGGCAGGGCUAUUUGUAGCUGCGAUAUUCAGUGCGAGCUUGAGUACGGUGUCUUCAAAUAUAAAUUCUCUUUCUAUUGUCGUCGUCGAGGAUUUUGUUGCCUUCAAAUGGCCACAAAUAACAGACCGUACAAAACUCCUAGUAGGAAAAUUUAUUGUGGCUGCAAUCGGUUUGAUACUUUUGAUUGUCGCAUACGCAUAUUCUCUACUUAAAGUUACUGUUGUCAGACUCUUUCUGAGUCUAAUGGGAGCAAUGAAUGGACCAAUGCUUGGGAUAUUUCUUCUUGGAUUUUUUAUUCCGUGGACAAAUGCUGCUGGCGCUUUGACCGGAGGCUUGUUCAGCUUGGUGGUUGUGGUAUGGAUGACAUUCGGUAAUCUAUUUUUAUUAAAUAUUCCCUCUCGAGUUGUAUUGCCACCAAGGUCAAUUAAUGCGUGUGUCAUUGAUAAUUCUACAAUGAUUGACAGUUUCAAUGACACCGAAGGCUAUACUAUUGCAACGAACGAUGUUCUUACGAUUUUUACAACCCCAGAGCCGGUUACUGUCGAGUAUACAUUUGAUCAAAUGAUGUACAGUAUCUCGUUUACUAAUUAUAUUGCUCUGGCGACUUCGAUGACGAUCAUUGUUGGGCUAAUUGUAUCUUUUGCUACAGGAAGAACUCAUCCGUCUCAGCUUGAUCCAAAGUUGUUCAUACCAAUAGUCGACUCAAAGUUGUUGCCAUACAAAGUGAGAAAAUUUUUUCGAUUCGGUGUUCCAGAACUGAAGGAAACAGAAGCAAACAACAAUUCAGAAAUGGAUAACUUUCUCCCGAACCUGGGAUAAAAGAAAAUAUUCCUAUGACAAGUGACUAAAUACUGGAUAAAAACAUCUUUUUUAUGUACAGUUUUUAAUUCUAAAUAAUCAAGUUAGAAUACGAAUGUAUUUCACAUAUAGGCUAUGUAACAAAAUGACGAAUAUCCAUAUUGAACUGGUAUAAUAUAGCAUAUCUCACGCCAACACCAGUAUUGAUAGGCAUGGUUGACGGAGUAGCUUAGCCAGCUUUAUUGUUAAUGUUGAAUCGAUAGCUUCAAAAAAAUUUCUUGCAUCACAGGUUUUCCCGGUGUUAAUUAAUAAUGUUUUGGCGCAUAAUUAGACUAGUCCCGUCACUUCUACAGUAUAUAUAUAUAAAGAUUAAAUAUCUUCAUUCUCCAUUUCAAUCUGAUCGUUUCUAGCUUGCUGAAUUUUCCUUCAGUUCAUUUUGAGUUAAUGUCAAUAAAUGAGUGGAAAAAUA